UGGGACGAAUAUUGAUUGUGAUUAUACAUUCCUAUCCUGCUGAAAUUCUCUCUCUCUCUCUUCUGGUGGCUGGCACUUGGAAACUUCUCUCCCAGUCAGUCCCAGCUGUAACACCACCACCAACCACUGUCUUCAUCAUCACCACCGCCAUCAACAUCCCCCUGAAGGCUUUCCCUCCUUCGCAUAGAACAUAUUAAAGCUUUUUGGAGCACAAUCACAAUGCAGCAGCUGCUGACGAGGACAGUCCAAGUAAAACAACUAUCAGAUCUAGCUAGUGAUAGAGAAAUUCACGAGUUCUUCUCAUUCUCUGGAGAAAUCGAACGCAUUCAGAUCCAACGUGAGCCUGGACAAUCAAAGACUGCAUUUGUUACUUUCAAGGAUCCCAAAGCUCUCGAAAUCGCGUUGUUGUUAUCGGGAGCAACAAUAGUAGAUCAGAUUGUGAUUAUAUCUCCAGUUGAAAAUUAUGUACCAAAAACUGAGGUGCUGGAAGUAAGGAUGGUGGAAAGUGCUGUUUGUGCUGCUCCUGAUGGAAUUCUUUCACCAAAUGCUGAGGUAGCCAUUGACACCACCACAUAUCUCAAGCAGGAUAGAAAUAGCCCGCCUACCAAUGGAAGGGUGUAUGUUAAUAGAGCACAAGAUGUGGUGACCUGUAUUGUCGCAAAAGGUUCAGCUAUUGGACAAGAUGCUGUGAACAAGGCUAAAGCAUUUGAUGAAAAACAUCGGUUGACAGCAAGUGCGUCAGAGAAGGUUAUUUCCUUUGACAAGAGAGUGGGUCUCACAGAGAAAUUAACAGUAGGCUUUUCCGUGGUUAAUGAGAAAGUGAAGUCUGUUGAUCAAAGGCUUCAUGUCUCAGAUAAAACAAUGGCAGCAAUAUUUGCGGCAGAGAGAAAAUUGAAUGAUACGGGGUCAGCUGUCAAAACAAGCAGGUAUGUGACUGCUGGAGCAGCCUGGUUAAAUGGUGCUUUUGGUAAGGUGGCAAAGGCAGGACAGGCUGCAGGAACGAAAACCAGAGAAAAGUUCCAUAUGGCUGUGUCAAACUUGACUGCAAAGGAACCUCCAAUUGCUGCAUAAGCCAGAGGAUUUAAGGUGGCAGAAACUAACCUCGACGUGCAUUCUUUCAUGAACACAUUCGACAACCAUGUUGCUCUAGUGAUCAAUUUGAGGACAGAUGCCCCUCAAAACAGAUUGCAGGUUUGGUAUAGAUUGGGAUGAAUCAUGCAAGCUCCCUUUAUGAUUCACUCUGUAUGGUUUGAUGUGUGCACUCAAGUUUUGCAUUCAUUUUUAUUUUUCUUUAUAUCAAUUCAAUUCAUAGGGUAUUGAGCCUGUGGCUUCAUUUGUAAUUUUUCUGUAAGUUUGUUGAGUGAAAGAACUUAUAUAUAUAAAAAGAACAGAAAAGGCAAUUGGAUUGAGAAGAAAGAAGUCAGAAUUGUGAGGACAUGUUGCUUUCUGUCUUUGUAAGGACGUAUUUUCUGUUUAUUUACUACUUGAUAUUGUGAUUGCUUUUUUAA